AUGGGCCAAUGGCAAGUGUAUAUACAUUUACGAAACCUAAGGAGGCUGACAUCAUUCACAACAUUUGCAGCAUGUGGGUUUAUCGAUGCUACCAUUUACUGUUAUGGCGGAGAAACGGAUCACGGUAUAGCAUCCAACGACAUGUAUUCGCUUGACCUAUACAAGUCCUGGGAUGCUAUGGAAGCUCCUUGGAUACACGACGCAGCAGGUUCGGCCAGUGGACCGGCUACAGCAUUUUAUGCGUCAGCGACAUUGCCAGGCCAUCCGUGGCUACUUGUAAAUGGUGGAGAAAUGGGCAACACCUAUCAAACUAUGCUUUACAACACAAAUCAGCACCAGUGGCAAGUUCCACUAAUGCGUGGCGUACCAGGCAUCCAGCGAAAACAACACACUGCAUCAUCCGAUAACGAGGGUCGUAUAUGGAUAUGGGGUGGGAUGAGUGAUGCUAAUACAUAUGGCGGCUUACCGAUGUAUCACAAUACUUGGACCGUAAUUGAUACCAAUACAUGGCUAUACAGCUAUCCCAUUGUACACGAUCCACCACCCCCACGAGUAGAUCACACGGCUACCAUUAUGCCGAGUGGCCAUAUCCUGAUCAUUGGGGGUGUCGUAUUUACACGCAAUGUGACCGAUCCUCAAGGCAUGCAAACGCUUAAUCCUAUCUCUAUGAAUUCCAUUUUGCUUUUUGAUACAGCGGCAGGGCAGUGGUCUAAUAUUACAGCUGGCGGUAAUAUUCCUGCACCACGUCGUGGUCAUUCAGCUGUCCUGAGUUGGGAUCAAUCACGCAUCAUUGUCUUUGGCGGAUGUACUCCAGAUGAAACCAUGACGUUGAACGAUGUUUUCAUUCUUGAAGUAAAAACCAUGCGAUGGACAGCACCUUCCAUUGAUGGUGUUCCACCAAAGCCUCGAACCUAUCACCAAGCUUUAUUAAUCGAUGAUUUGAUGCUAAUCAUGUUUGGACGUGGCAGCAACAAGCAAGGAUACAAUGAUGUAGGCGUACUUAGCACAUCCACAUGGUCAUGGAAGUCACGAUAUACGAGCAACCCUGCUUGGCUAUCAGGGAACUUGUCGGCAAGCCAUGGCGUCGUUAAGAAUAGUACUGGGACCUAUGGUGGUGAUACACGUAGUAAUAGCCGUGACCCCGAUUCAGCUCCAUCAUUUCCUGUGUUCAAGCAAGACAACACAACCUUAUCAAAUACCACGAGUGAGACGCCGCAUGAACAUCGAGGUCGCAUUACAGCAGGUAUCAUUGCAGGUGUUAUCAGUGGUGGCGUUGUCGUGAUUGGAGGAGGUGUCUUUUUGUUUGUCACAGUGAUUAUUUAUAGGCGAGGCAAUCCACAUCGGAAAAAGGGCGAUGCACGUGCAGCGUCUUCAUCAUCGUCAUCAUCAUCAAUCACUGACGAGGAAGGUGGUAGUGGAGACACGGUGGUAGUAUUAUCGCCGUUAUCAUGUUCAUAUCAACAAAAGCCUGAUCAAGAGGAUGUUGAUCUUGCACCGCAAACCGAUCCAUCACAAUACCACAAGCCAGAUGACAUACAAAGAACCUCGUCCCUUUAA